UUCAGGAUCUCACCAGCUCCUUUUUCCCUCCUGCAGCUGUCUCCCCUUCUGCCUCAGUUCCAGGCCCCCUGCCGCCCCCCACACUCUCUCUGGGCUCCCAGGACCCUGUGUAUUACCAGGGGGAGCGUGUUAACCUCAGCUGCUCAGCUCCCAGGGGUGAGGCAGUGACGGGAUACAGAUUCUACAGGAGAAGAGGGGACCAGACCCCGGAGGAGCUCCCAUCUCCCAGUGGGGCAGCCUGGCUGGAGCUCAGGGCCGAGAUGGGGAAUCAGAGGCCCUACACCUGCCAGUACUGGAGAAAGGAGUCUGGGCAGGAGAUCCCAUCCACGGAGAGUAACAAGGUCUAUAUAACCGUGCAGGCCCCCCCGGCGGCCCCCACGCUCUCCCUGCACCCCCCACACCCGCUCUAUCUCCCAGGGGAGCGUGUGACCCUCAGGUGCUCGGCUCCAGGGAGCGACAGGCUGCAGGGAUACAGGUUCUAUGGGGAACAGGAGAGGCUGAUCCAUGACGAGGUCCCUGCCCCGGCUGGGGGCGCUGGGCUGGAGAUCGUGGCCGAGAUGGGGAAAGCCGGACCGUUCUCCUGUGCGUACUGGAUCCCGCGAUCCGGGCGACAUAUCCUGUCAGAGAGAAGCCGGCCAGUGUCCCUAUCAGUGCCAGGUGAGGCCUCUUUCCCUGGGGGGAUGCAAUGGGAUACGGGGGGGGUAUCCUCUCCCCUGGGGUCUCUCCCCACCUCCCUAGCCCUGGAUCCCCCCAUUCCCUGCAAACUCACCCCCAACCCCACCCAUCCGCCUGGUUCCCUCUGCCCCCCACAUGCAUGGAAAGUCAUCCCCCUCGCCCCAGGGCAGCAGGCGGUCCAGCCCCCUGCAGUGCUGAACAACCCGCCCCCCAGCAGGAGCCACUUUCUCUGCUGGACCCUCUUUGUGCUCCCCGUCCUGGCGGGAGUGCUGCCUAGUGGUUAG